UUCAGUAACAAGUUAGCUGAGAUGGAUUGUCCAGCAGCCCAGCUAUGGAGCUCAAGCAGAGGUUUGUAUGCUCAAACUGAAGUCUUGUGUUCAACCUUAAAGGUCACUCCUCAUUUCAGUGGCUGUGAUGUCAGUGGGGAAACCCUGCUGCACUUUUGUCUGUCCUCCUGCAAAGGUCUGAAAACGUCAAUAAAAAAAGCAAAGCCAUUACUUAGAAAAGUUUAAGGCUACAGGAACCUUCGAAUAGAAACUAACCACUUCUAAGCAACACCACAUUAUUUCAUCAGCUCUGGCUUGUAUGAGAAUUUCAGUCUGUUCUCAGUCACUGUUUCUUUAGCUUAGAUAGUUUUGGUUUUCAGCUACUUCUUUAGAAGUUGUUUUGUUGACAAACAUGGCAUGAUCUAUUUGUUAAGUAAUGGAUAUCACUAACACUAAUGUUUAAGAUGACUUCUUAUCCAAAAUAAUUGGACAGAGUGCUCACCAAAAGUUCCUUAUUUCUCUUAAGUUUUGGAAUUAAGUAUCAUGCAUUUUUUCCCAAGGCUUUCCUUCUGCUUUAACAGAUGGACCUGAGGUGUAGAAAUUAACUAUUUAUGAAGGGCCAGACAGAAAUUUUGUGGCUAAGACCAGAAACUGAACCAAGUUCCCUGAAUGUGUGAGACCCUUUUUCUUUAGAGUGAUGUUGUCUAUGCCCACAGUGGGGAUUCCCAGUGCAUAAGUUACUGUAUCUGGCUAAGGACUGUUUUAAGGGUUCUGUAUUUCUAGAGAUUACUGACACCAGCUGUUGAUUUUUUUAGCCACUGUUUACAUGAUAGCCCACUAUUCUUGUUGCUUUUUUAUAAGCUUGCAAAUUAAACAGCUUUUCCUUUCAGACUAUCUUCCUAACAACAGCAACAAUAAAAAAAAAUAUCACAAAUUUGUUUCCUGCUUAUUUUCAUUUCUCCGUAAAAAAAGUCACACUAAGAAUUUUAGCACAACUCACAGUGCCACAGGACUGCCAGAUGCAAGUUAACAUCUUAUUAAGUGCUCAUAGGUAAGUCCUUAUGUCCUAAUAUUUUGGGGGGUGAGUGAGAGUGGUAAGGAGGAAUCCCAAUACUUCUUGAUAGUAAAACUGUGAAAAAAAAAUAAGGUGCCUGAUUUUCUAAGAAGCAUCUCCAGAAAAGGAAUGGAUCCUAAGUGUAUAUAUUUAUUUAUAAACAUUAUUAAUGUUACAUGUGGGAACUGGUAUGUUUUUACAUCUUUCUGAAAGAAUGGCAGAGUUUACAGCAAGUUUCUGGAAUCCAUCUCCUUGCAAUACUUCAAUACUUACAUGAAUGUUCUGUGGCUGUGGACUUCUGUCACUCAAAAUUCCAGUCAACUCAAGUGGAAGCAUUGUCUGAAAGUGAGGAGGUUCUUGCUGCCACCUUCAUCCCCAGCACACUUGAGUCCUUUUCUUCUUUCCUGGCUGGAGAGUUCUGCUUCAUCAGCUGCAGUGAAUGGACUGCCUGUAUGUAGGUGGCCCUGAGCCCUACAUUGAAAUAUUUGAGCAACCCAGGCAAAGGGGCAUGCGAUUCAGAUACAAAUGUGAGGGAAGAUCAGCAGGCAGCAUUCCAGGAGAGCACAGUACUGAAAACAAUAAGACCUUCCCUUCCAUCCAGAUUCUGAACUAUUUUGGAAAAGUCAAAAUAAGAACCACGUUGGUAACAAAGAAUGAGCCCUACAAGCCACACCCUCAUGAUCUGGUUGGAAAAGACUGCAGAGAUGGCUACUACGAAGCUGAGUUCGGGCCAGAGCGGCGAGUCCUGUCUUUCCAGAACUUGGGCAUUCAGUGUGUGAAGAAGAAAGACCUGAAGGAAUCCAUUUCUUUACGAAUCUCGAGGAAAAUUAACCCUUUCAAUGUGCCCGAGGAGCAGCUGCACAACAUCGACGAGUACGACCUCAACGUGGUGCGGCUCUGCUUCCAAGCCUUCCUCCCUGACGAGCAUGGCAACUACACCAUAGCCCUGCCUCCUCUGAUUUCCAACCCCAUCUAUGACAACAGAGCUCCCAACACUGCAGAAUUGAGAAUUUGUCGUGUGAACAAGAACUGUGGAAGCGUCAAAGGAGGGGACGAAAUAUUUCUGCUGUGUGACAAAGUUCAGAAAGAUGACAUAGAAGUCAGGUUUGUCCUGGACAACUGGGAGGCCAAAGGUUCCUUCUCCCAGGCCGACGUUCACCGCCAGGUCGCCAUCGUGUUCAGGACGCCGCCGUUCCUCAGGGACAUCUCCGAGCCCAUCACGGUGAAGAUGCAGCUGAGGAGGCCCUCUGACCAGGAAGUCAGUGAGCCCAUGGAUUUCAGAUACCUGCCAGAUGAAAAGGAUCCAUAUGGCAACAAAGCAAAAAGGCAAAGAUCAACGUUGGCUUGGCAGAAGCUCAUACAGGACUGUGGAUCAAACACGAUGGAGAGGCCCAAAGUAACCUCAUUCCCUGUUGUCACUCCUGAAGGGAAGCUGAUCAAGAAAGAGCCCAACAUGUUUCCCUCCUCGCUGAUGAUGCCGGCGGGGCUGGGAGCGCUGCCCAGCUCCAGCCAGCUGUUCCCCGGCUGCUCGGCGCUGGCCCCGGGCAAGCAGGACGGGCUGGCCCCGUGCUGGCUGCACGGCGCCGCCGCGGCCGGGCCGCUGGGCUCGCACCAGCACGGCGGCUUCGGCAGCGAGCCCCAGCCCAGCGCCACGGGCAGCGGCAGCGGCUCGCUCCCCGCCUUCCCGGACAGCGCGCUGGGCUGGCCCGACGGGAAGGACCCGGGCUUCUUCCAGAGCUACGGCAGCGCCAACGGGCUGGGAGCCGUGGUGGUGUCGGCGGCCGAGCUGCAGAACCUCCCCGGCGGCCCCUCCGGCGUGGUGGGCAUGGACACGGACGAGCUGAGCUGCAGCAGCCUCAGCCUGGAGAAGUUCAGCGCCGUGCUGGGCGCCGCCAGCCAGCGGCAGCAGCUGCAGCUGCCCCAGGCUGGGGCCAACGCGGGCGGCGCGGCCGGCGCCUUCGCCUCGCAGCCCGGGCUGGCCGACCCCGUGUACGGCUUCAUGGAGCAGGAGCUGAGCGAGCCCAGACUGUCCAGCGGGCACCCGGGCGGCCUGGCCGACGGCCAGUUCUACGACUCGGACGGGGUCCACGCCGAGGAGCUCUACCAGUCCUUCCCCUUCGAUAACAUCCUACAGAGCUACAACCCCUGAGCUCCCCGGGCCGUGCUGCUGCGUGGAGAGGAGCAAUUCACCCUUCUGGAGUCCCUGCUUUCUCUUUCAGAAUGUUGCUGUGCGAGUUUCGCGAUGUAACUUAAAGGUUAUUUAUUGCAGCCCGUGAAGAGGGAGGUGGGAGUAAGGUUUGGGGUUUCUUAAAAUUACCUUGUAGAUGUGUUUUUGCGCUGUUGGAAGUGGGAACUGUUGACACUUAAAGCUUCCUUACCUUUGGGGACUGUAAAAGCUGGCAUCUUCAGAAGGGUUAAAAUUUCAAAUACUUCACAGGGUUGAAGUUGUUGUGAAAUAGCCAUUUUUGCUAUAGAAAUUAAAUUUAAAUUUUGAUAGGACAGAAAUUAGGAAAAAAACAAAAAAACCCUGCACAUGAGCACUCUAGUUCAAUCUCAUCUAAUGAAUGACAUCUGAGUUCUGCUCAACUUACUGGAAAGGUUUAGGUUUUUAACCCCCUUUCUAUAAAUAUUCUUCUCCUAAAAUGAGAACAUGCAUUGAUGAUUUUCCACGCUGUCACCACACUCCAUUUGCUUUGAAGGCAAAUUUACUCGUAAAUUUUUUUUAAUGACUAUGUCAUUGUUAGAUAUAUUUUAAAAGACCGGAAGGUUUGAGUUUUUAAAUAGUCCAGCUCUGUUGUAAAGGAAAUCACUGCACAAGAGAAGGAACAGAAAGUGAGGACUUGUCUGCACUUCAUCCAGAGUGCACUGUUUUACAAGCCAUGCCCCUGUUGCUUUAGGAAUGAAGCUGUUAUUGCUCUGCAAGUUGUGUGUGUGUGUGUGUAGCUGCGAUGUGAGUGAGAUUUGGACAGGCAGAAAUCUCUGGAGCCGAAGUAUCCACUUACUUUUUCCUCAGGUAUCCCGGCAGUUUCCUGCUAUGCAAGUGACUGCUUCAAAGAAGGCUCAGAUCCUGCCUCCCCAGCACCACCCCCUCCCAGGAGGGCAAAGCCAGAGGCUGCCUUGGUGCAGCCUCACCUCUAUUAACAACUUUUAAAGCCAUUUCAGUCAGUACUAAUUAAAAACACUCCUCUAUCCUCUGUAUCAGGAACCAGAACUUCUUCCCUCCCACUUGAUUCCCAGUCUUCGCUCUUAGCCUGAGCAGGAGCUGUUCCUGACACCUCCAGCUGGAGGUAACUGGCUGGGUAAGACACUCUGGCCUUGGCUACUUUAUUACACUGUUAUUUUUUAAGAAGCAACACAGAAAAAUGUCUGAGUAUUUCUUAAGGGACACAGCUGCUCUUUAGGGCAGAUAAGGCUUAAGGGUCUCUGUUGUUACCUUCUGGUGACAUAAAACUGCACAAUGAGAGCAGCAACAACAAAAAAGCAGUAAAAUGUCCAAAACCCACCCCCCAAAUCAGAAAGGCCACUUGAGAGUUGUACUCAAGGAAAGGUGCUCCAGAGCCCCUCUGUGGCUUACAGGAAAGCAGGGAUGCCUUCCCUGCAGGAAUCCACUGCAGUGGGAGCACUCCGGUGCUGCUGCUGGAAUUCUACCAGUCAGGUGAAUUGGGAAACUGCUUCCCCUAACUCCAGGUGCACAACAACAUGGAUUGAGACUCUCUGUUUUAAAGCAGUUUUUUCUCACUUCUGCACCUCUCCUCCACACUCUUAAGCAAUAGGAAGACCAAAGAAAUACACAGAAAGUUUGAAACGUGUUGUUUAUUCAGUUCUUUUUUGUUUUUGAAGUUCUCAGUUUUUAAGUAUAUUAAAUGUAAACAUUUUACUCACUUCAUAGAAAGCUCUUUAUAGUACAAUUUGUUUUUACUGUAUAAUUAAAUAUUUUCAAAGUUCUGUUUUCCUUUGUAAAUGAGUUGGUUUGGUAAUUAAAAAAAAACUGGUUAUA